GAUUGUGAAAUACAAACGCAAGCAAGUAAGCAUAGAUCGCCAUUUCUCUCUGGAGAAUCCAAAGAGAAACUAUGAAUUUCGGUUCUAAAUAUGUAUAUUUCUACGAUGGCUCCGACUCUGAAGAAGUCGAUGAAGAUACCUUCGAGAUGGGUGUUAAUUCUAGCAGCGACGAAGAAGUUGAAAAAAGACAAACCAAGAGUUUUUUUGGCUUCGUUAAAAAGCCAUUGGCGAAAGUAGCUAAAUUUAGAAAAGGAUCAGAAGGGAAGGCAGGGAAAUUACAUAAACGUGUUCGUAAGGCUGAUACUAACAUUAUAUCUGUUGGAUUUCAAGAGCUAGUUGCUCCAAACUAUAUGCAUACUGGUGAUGCUACAAGAUGUAAAUCUUGUACUGGAAUUUUGAAUAAAAUGUCAACAGUUGAAGAUCUGAAUGAAUUUGAAAAGAAAUGGAUUUGCGAAUUUUGUUCAACAGAGAAUAUUUUAAAUAUUGUUGAUGAAGAAAUACCUCAGAAUAAUGAUACUACUUAUAUGCUUCAACCUGCCCCUUCAACGGCACAAAUGACGGUUGAUGGCGAUGCGAGCAUAGUUAUAUUUUGCAUUGAUAUUUCUGGCAGUAUGUGCGUGACUAAGGAAGUUCCCGGUAAACUGAAAUUUCGGGGUGAUGACACAAGCCAACUUGAAUCAUUCAUGGAUCAUCCGAGAGAACCUCAACUUUUACCAAACGAAAAAAACAACGUCACUUGGGUAAGCAGAUUACAAGGCGUACAAGCAGCUAUUGACAGUCAAUUGUCCGAUAUGGAAGCUAAACAUCCGAAAAGAAGAGUUGCGUUAGUUACAUUCAAUAACGAAGUAACUCUUGUAGGUGAUAAACCUGGAGAAACAGUUCAUAUUUCUGGAGAUAAAUUAUCUGAUAGCGAUGCUCUAUUUAAUAUUGGUAAAGAAUUUCCUGAACCAGACUCGAUCAAAAAUAAACAUAAACAACUAUGUAAAGCUUUAUUCGAAUUGGAAGCAAAUGGUCGAACGGCUCUUGGACCAGCCCUUAUGACUUCCAUAGGUUUAGCUUCAAAAUCACCCAGAUCAAAGAUAAUUUUAUGCACAGACGGAAAAGCUAACAUUGGUUGUGGUAGUGUAGAAGAAGAGAAAGAUUUGAAAGAAUCCUCCCAAUUUUAUGAAAAAGUGUCGACUCUUGCUAGAGACAUGGGCAUUGCUAUAUCUGUAAUAACCAUCGAAGGAACAGACUGUAACUUAUCUCAAAUUGGACGAGUUGCUCAUGAAACCGAGGGAGACGUCAACAUAGUCGAUCCUCUAAAGCUGUCUGAAGAGUUUAGUAACAUAUUAGCAGUUCCGAUAAUUGCGACAAACGUUAAAGCAACGCUUUUAUUACAUAAUGAACUUUAUUUCCGGUAUGAAACCAACCAGGAAAGUCGUGUUGAAAAAGUGUUUGGAAAUGUAACAAAAGAAACUGAAAUCACUUUUGAAUACGGUGUGAAGCCAGGUGCCAGAAAGUUUAAGGAGAAGGUUGACGGUAAGGAUUCUAAUAUGGAAAAAAAGCUACCAUUCCAGUUGCAAAUUGAAUACACCGAUACUGAAGAAGCAAGAGCUUUGAGAGUUAUCACUGAAUUUAAGCCUAUUACGAUGGAAAGAGAAAAAGCUGAGAGCAAAAUCAGGUGGUCCACUGUAGGGUCUCAUCUGCCUCAACAAAGUUCAAAGUUUGCUCUACAAUCUUCACCGGAAAAAGCCCGUCUGUCAAACAUUUCAUAUUUAAGAAUGAUGAACCGUAAUAAAAGCACAAAUAGAGAUGCUUAUGUAAAUUGCAAGGAAUUUUGUAAACCUGUUGAUGAUGCAUGUUUAGAGUUAUGCCAUGCAGGCAGACCAGCUACAGACACUCAAACCAAUGUACUGUUGGGAGCUAAAAAAUUUAAACGAUUUUGGAAAAAAAAAGAUGAGACAUCGAAAAAGUUUGCAGGUGAUAGUAAUCAUAGUUCUGACGAAGACCGCGAAGACCCUAAGAAACCUGAUGAAGGCGGCGCAAGUGGCAGUAAAUAA